ACCCGUACAGGUCAGCCGACGGGACCUGUAAUAACCUGAAGAAUCCGACCUGGGGCGCGGCCUUCACGCAGUUCCGACGCGCGAUGCCGCCGGAUUAUGGAGACGGCGUGUCUUCUCUCCGCCUGCCCGCGACGGCACUGACCUCCCCAGCGCGCGUCUCAUCACCAACAUCGUCCACAGUAACAAGCUGGUUGAGUCUCGCUCCUACUCCGUUCUCACCAUGAGUUGGGGGCAGUUUGUCGACCAUGACAUCACGGCCACGGCGCUGUCCAAAGGCUCUAACAACAGUGCCAUCCCUUGCUGCUCCGUCGAGGUCCUUGAGGAACCCUCCCUCCUGCACCCUCAGUGUGCCUCGAUCCCGGUGCCUCUCGACGAUCACUUCUACGCCGCCCACAACCUCACCUGUAUGGAGUUCACACGCUCCGCCCCCUCGUCCAGGUGCAAUUUCGGACCAAGGGAACAGAUCAACCAACAGACAGCUUUCCUGGACGGUUCUGUGAUUUACGGAACGUCAGAUGAGCAACUCAGUUCCCUCAGGAUACACAAGGAUGGCCUGUUAGAUUCGCAGGUGACUUUAGACGGGAGAGAACUCCUCCCAGCAUCCAAAGACCCUGACGAUGGGUGCAAUGUGGAGGAUCAGAUCAAAUACGAUCGUUAUUGUUUCAAGUCCGGCGACGCACGCGCAAACGAGCAGAUCCUCCUGACGACUCUGCACACGGUCUGGGCUCGACAACACAACCUCGUCGCGCUCAGCCUCAAAGACCUGAAUCCGGACUGGGAUGACGAGAGGCUGUUCCAGGAGUCGAGGCGGAUCGUGGUGGCGCAGAUUCAGCAUAUCACUUAUCAUGAGUAUGUUCCGAGUAUAUUAGGACCCAGAUUUAUGAAGAAGUUAGAGCUCAGUCCUCAGAUGGAAGGAAACCACACAAGUGUCUACGAUAGCAAGAUACACCCAGCCAUUGCUAACGAAUUCGCUGCCGCUGCUUUUCGCUUCGGGCACAGCCAGAUACAGGGUCUCGUACAGAAGGUCGACGGCCCAAACAAGAACGUGGAGUUCGUACAACUGAAAAGCUUCUACUUCAACCCGUUCUCGCUCUAUGACCAAGGCACGAUGGCACAGCUGGUCAGGGGAGAGGCGUCCCAAAACGCUGCAGCUGUGGAUACCUAUUUCACUUCUCAGGUAUCCGGCAAGCUGUUCCAAGGAAGCAAUCCCUACGGCUUGGAUCUGGUGUCCGUGAAUAUACAACGAGGUCGAGAUCACGGCGUGGCAAGCUACACGAAGUGGAGGAUGUACUGUGGUCUCCCUCCUGUGGGUAACUUCAGCGAUCUGGCCCAAGACAUGGAUGCUGGGGCCCUCGACAGCAUCAAGAAAGUGUACAAGCACGUUGACGACAUCGACUUCUACACGGGAGGCUUGGCAGAGCGGCCGAUCCAGGACGGGCUUGUGGGGCCGACCUUCGCCUGCGUGAUUGCUGACCAGUUCCUCAGGCUGAAGAGAGGAGACCGCUUCUGGUAUGAGAGCAACGAGAAACCGGUGGCUUUUACUGGAGCACAACUUACCGAACUCCACAAGACCAGCCUGGCGCGCAUCCUGUGUGACAACGUACCUGAAUUAGGAUCCAUUCAACGCUGGCCGCUCAGGAACUACGCCACAGGGAACCCACGCCUGCCAUGUUCUUCGCAGUCGAUACCCAGGGUGGACUUCGGGGGAUGGGAAGAGGGCGACCUGUACAAGAUCGAGUUGUUCAAGAUGGACUACACGCCAAGGGGAUCGGCGGGACGGAGAUAGGAAUUAGAUUCUGUUCAUUUGUUUUUUUUUAGGAG